UUGUUUACUGGAGAGAAGGACUUACAAAAAAUUUUUUUUUCAGUAUUUGUAUUUUGCUAUUUUCUUUCACUCUGUCUAAAUGUUCUUGAAAUGUUCAUCCCUCGUCUUUUUCGUUCAUCUACUGGAUUUCUUUUAAACGACAUUAACAAUAUUUUAGUUUUAAUUAAUUCAGCAUCUUCAGCUUUAUUUUAUGCGAGAUUUUCUUCUCGGCAAUUUGAUGGAGCCUUUUUUUACGUAAAACCCGAUUUCCUCCUAUUUUUUCUCGCUUAUUUUUGCCAUGUCUCUAAUCUUGUGUUUGAUGUUUUAUUUUGUGUUUGGUCAUUAUUUGAAGUCUUGAAAUCCUCUUCUUACUUUUUAUUUUUUUGCAGUUACCGUGCUCAUCUAAUUUCUCUUUUGCGCAAUUUUAAAUUUCUCGAUUGUCUUCUUCCACCACCUAAAGUUUCUUCAUUUGGCGGUGCAGAAACACCAUCAUGUGUAUUUUCUGGUAUUGGAUUAAGACAACAAAACAGCUGUAAUAUUAAUAGACAAAAAAUGUCAUCAACAUUUUUAACUGUUGCUAGUUGUAAUAAUAAUAAUGAUUAUGGUGGUGGAGGUGUUACAAAACAGAAAAGAUUAAGGGCUAAUUCUGCUAAUCCUUGUCCUCUUUGA